AGCAGUGUGCGCCACCACUAACAUCAGCAAAAGGGCAGAAUAAAGACAGCUGCAUCCACCGACAACUAACCAUGUCUUACCAAGGCAAAAAGAACAUCCCAAAGAUCACUAGCGAGAGGCUCCUGAUUAAAGGUGGUCGGAUUGUGAACGAUGACCAGUCCUUCUACGCAGACAUCUAUAUGGAGGAUGGAGUCAUCAAGCAGAUUGGUGACAACCUGAUCGUACCUGGAGGAGUGAAGACCAUUGAAGCCAAUGGGAAGAUGGUGAUCCCUGGAGGAAUUGACAUCCACACCCACCUACAGAUGCCCUUCAGGGGUACAACCACCGCUGAUGACUUCACCCAGGGCACCAAGGCUGCUCUGGCUGGAGGAACCACCAUGAUCGUGGAUCAUGUGAUCCCGGAGCCGGGCUGCAGUCUGCUGGAAGCGUUCGAUCGCUGGAGUAAAUGGGCGGAUGAGAAAGCCUGCUGCGAUUACUCUCUGCAUGUGGACAUCACCCACUGGAACGACAGCGUCAAGCAGGAGGUAGAGACCCUCAUCAAGGAGAAAGGAGUGAACUCGUUUCAGGUCUACAUGGCUUUUAAAGACCUCUAUCAGAUGAGCAACACCGAGCUGUAUGAGGUCUUCACCUUCCUUGGAGAGCAUGGAGGAAUUGCUCAGGUCCACGCAGAAAAUGGAGAAAUAAUUGCUGAGGAGCAGGCCCGUAUGCUGGAGAUGGGCAUCACUGGACCCGAGGGACACGUCCUCAGCCGCCCUGAGGAGCUGGAGGCUGAAGCAGUGUUUCGAGCUGUCACUAUUGCCAGUCAAACCAACUGUCCUCUCUAUGUGACCCGCGUGAUGAGCAAGAGUGCGGCAGACAUCAUCUCACAGGCCAGGAAAAAAGGUAACGUGGUGUUUGGAGAGCCAAUCACGGCCAGUUUGGGAACUGAUGGAACUCAUUAUUGGAGUAAGAACUGGGCGAAAGCUGCCUCUUUUGUGACAUCACCACCUCUCAGUCCCGACCCAACCACUCCAGACUACCUGAACACCCUGUUGGCCAGUGGUGAUCUGUCGGUGGUGGGCAGCGCUCACUGCACAUUCUCUGUGGCUCAGAAGGCCAUCGGGAAAGACGAUUUCACCCAGAUCCCUGAAGGAGUGAACGGGGCUGAGGAGAGGAUGUCCAUCAUCUGGGACAAGGCUGUGGUCACUGGUAAAAUGGACGAGAACAUGUUUGUGGCUGUGACGAGCACCAAUGCCGCCAAGAUCCUGAACCUGUAUCCACGCAAGGGCCGGAUAGCUGUGGGCUCAGACAGUGAUCUGGUUAUCUGGGACACAGACGCCGUGCGGACCAUCACUGCCAAAACACAUCAUUCUGCAGCCGAGUAUAAUGUGUUUGAGGGCAUGGAGCUGAGGGGAGCCCCGAUGCUUGUGGUCUGUCAGGGGAAGAUCGUUCUGGAGGACGGGAACCUGCACGCCACCUCUGGCACCGGACGGUUCAUUCCCUGCUCCCCGUUUCCGGACUUCGCUUACAAGCGCGUCAAAGCCAGGAAACAGCUGGCAAUCCUGAAGGCCGUGCCCCGGGGCAUGUAUGACGGCCCCGUGUCUGAGUUUUCACCCAUGUCGAGAGGUGGCACACCGUCAGCCUCCACCCGAACAUCACCCACCAAAGUCCCCGUCAGGAACCUGCAUCAGUCUGGAUUCACACUAUCAGGUCCUGAAGAAGCCCCUAUCAGACCGGCUGGCAGACGUAUCGUUGUGCCUCCCGGCGGCCGCUCCAACAUCACCUCCCUCAGUUAAACACAAAGAGCGCCAUGAUAAAAGCAACCAUGUAGAAGUAAGGUGAUUAGAGAGGUAAAGAAAGAAACGAAACCGUAAAACACUGAACUCAAGCCUUACCCUUCAUGAUUUACUCCUGCUGAAUGACUGAAGGUCAGUAGUCCACCUCUGAGGAAGGCAAAAAAAAAACAAAAGCCCAGCAAACAUUCACUCGGGCGUUUAGUGUAGCGACAUGUUCAUUUAUGUGUUUAGAUAAACGUAGGAUUCCCGUGAAAAAGAUUUUUUUUGUGUGGAUGUUUUUCAAAAGUUUGCGUUCGGUAGAGGAAGGACUACUGUCAUGCAUUGCAGAGGGCUUUAUCUGAAUAAAGAGGUGGAAGAAUGACGUCAAAAUCUGGACCAAUAAAUCCCUAUGGGGUUUCCCUUUUUACAAUAACGUGUGUGGAAAACAUAACUUAAAGGGAUAGUUCACACAAAAAUAUCAAUUCUGUCAUUAUUAGCUGUUUCAAAUCUGUUUGAGUUUCUUUCUUCUGUUAAACAUAAAGAAAAAUUUACUGGCGAAUGCAGAACAACUUGAAGUAUGGAUGUAAACGUCAGUUUUUUAUCAGCAUUCUUUAUAAUAUCUUGUUUUGUGUUCAACAGAAGAAUGAAAUUAAGAAAAGUUUAGAGAGUAAAUAGUUAGGAAAUAUCAUUUUUUGGCGAACUAUCCCUUUAAUUAUACUUUCGCUCUAUAAUGUAAAUGAGAAAGAACAGGCUCAUUGGGGAUACAUGCUCAGAUCUACAUAUUUGGGAAACUGCAAAUACGUACCCUGGUAUACAUCCAGCCAAUCCUAUCCCACGGAAAUUCAUAAUUUUAUUUUUUUAGUAGCCAAUUCGUAGGAAUUUGUACGACAUGAUUCAUGCAAUUUAAUAUGUUUUGCUUAGCCAAUGACGGUUGGGUUUAGGGGUGGGGUUUUGUGCCAUGCCUCCUCUUAAAAACUGUACAUUUUUGUAUGACUGAACUCGUAUGAAUUCAGUGACUAAAUUGACAAAAUGUAAAAUAGUUACGUUUCCUCGUAAGAUCAGGCUGGUCCUUCUGCAUUAUGUGUGUAAAACUAAAACUAUGGGGUGGUUUCAAUUUGGCAGAUUUUUCGUAAUAUACUGCUAACAGCUUACCACUAUAUGGACAACCUUUCCAGGAAGGACAGUUUGCUCGAUAGCUUACCUUGUACAGCGUCGGACUGGAACGCAGACUGGAGUCCUGCAUAUGAUGGUUCCAGAAACAAACAAAAAAUUUGACAAAACAGGUUCAUUGGGGAUACAUGUCCAGGGCUACAUAUUUGGGAAACCCCAAAUACGUACCCAGGUAUACAUCCAACCAAUGCUAUCUCACAGAAAGUCAUAACUUUUUUUAGUAGCCAAUUCGUAUGAAUUUGUCAACAUGAUUUAUACAACUUAAUACGAUUUGCUCAGCCAAUGACGGUUGGGUUUAGGGGUGAGGUUUUGUGCCAUGCCUGAUCUUAAAAAUGUAACAUUUUUGUAUGACUGAACUCGUAUGAAUUCAGUGACUAAAUUGACAAAAUGUAAAAUAGUUACGUUUCCUCGAAGCCUUACGUUUCCUCGUAAGGCUGGUCCUUUUGCAUUUUGUGUGUAAAACUAAAACUAUGGGGUGGUUUCGAUUUGGCAGAUCUUUCGCAAUUUACUGCUAUUUGCUUACCGUUAUAUGGACGUUACCAGGAAGGACAGUUUGCUUGAUAGCUUACCUUGUACAGCUUCGGACUGGAACACAAAGUGGACCAGGGUUUGAGUCCUGCAUAUGAUGGUUCCAGAAACAAACAUAAAAUUUGACAAAACAGGGUCAUUGGGGGAUACAUGCCCAGGGCUACAUAUUUGGGAAACCGCAAAUAUGUACCCUGGUAUACAUCCAGCCAAUGCUAUCUCACGGCAAUUCAUAACUUUUUGACUUAGUAGCCAAUUCGUAUGAAUCUGUAUGAUGUCAUUUGUACAAUUUAAUACAAUUUGCUCAGCCAAUGAUGGUUGGGUCUAGGGGUGGGGAUUUGUGCCAGGCCUCCUUUUUAAAAAUCUGACAUUUUCAUACAACUGAACUCAUAUGAGUUCAUGCGAAUUAGUCACUAAACUGACAAAAAAAUAUAAUAGUUAUGUUUCCCUCUGAGAUUAGGCUGGUCCAUCUGCAUUUUGUGUGUAAAACAAAUGCUACGCGACAGUUUCUAUUUGCCUGAUUUGUUCGCAAUAUACUGCUAACGGCUCACCAUCAUAUGUACAACUUUUCCAGCAAGGUCAGUUUGCUUGAUAGCUUACCUUGUACAGCAUUGGACUGGGACGCAGAGUGGACCAGGGUUUAAGUCCAGCAAAUAAAAACUGAGGCGUGACUCAAAAUGGUAAGCUUUAACAGACCCUGUUUUACUCAUUAAUUGAUAAUGCCGUCCUAAAACCUAAUGGAAAAAAUUUUGACGUCAAUCCUGCAGCUCUUUAUUCCCUCAUAAGCUUUAUUUGCGUACAUCAGCUGUGAUUAUUCUAGUAAAUGUUACUUCAUUUAAAGUGCUGAGUUGGUAUCACAAGCAUUUCUUAAACGUAUAACUGAAUGUUAAGGCAAACAUGCAAUGAUGUAUUGCUAAAUAUAACCGGCAUUUGUUUAAAGGGACAGUUCACACACAAUUGAGUAUUCUGCCAUAGUAUGUUCAAAGGGUUUCUUCUGUUGAACACAAAAGAAGAUAUUUUGAAGAAUGCUGGUUGCUGGCACCCAUUGACUUCCAUUCCACUAUGGAAGUCAAUGGGGGCGAGCAUUCUUCAAACUCUCUUCUUUGGUGUUCAACAGAGGAAAGAAACAAAUGGGUGAGCUAUCCCUUUAAUUCACACACAGUACUGCUCUCAUUACCUGUUUUAGAUGCGCGCUUUGAAGGAAUACGUGAACUUCAGUGGGAAACAUGAAGGAAAACAUAACAUUAAAAGAUAUAAUAAUUGUUUGAAAGCCUGCAGGGGAAAGAUAUUCAGCUUCUGCAUUUCAGUUCAGCUCAGAUGACCAGGUGCUACAAUCUCUUUUCUUAAAUGUAUUGGAAUACGUUUUUGAUAUCCAAAUGUUUGACGGUAGUUUGAGGUGUAGUUCAGCAGGACAGGUUUAGGUUAAAGCAGUUCACCAUACUGUAUGCAUUCAAUGACGAUGGCAUAACGUGAUCUACCAAAUGAUGUGGAGUACAGUAGGUUGUUUAUUAUAUUUAUGUAGGUUUGAUUGUAUUUUUUUUUACAGCUGUCUCAAAAAAAAGAAAAGAAAAAAA